AGCAUUACUUAUAUUCUUUGAAGUUGAAAUUGAAAGAGGCUUGCUCUGUGAAACCCUAACCCUAAGGGGAGGGAAGAGAGAGAGAGGCGCAAUGUCAGUUAGGUUAAGGAAUAGUAAUAGGAAUGAUUACAAAUUACUCCGAUUACGAGACGCUCAUUCUUGUAUCAAUCAGAGAGUUAACAUCAUAGCCAUUGUUCUUGAGUUUGGUCUCCCCAAAACAACUAGAGGCACUGAUCAGUGUUGUACCCUAAGAUUGAUUGAUGAAACUCAUCACCAAAUCGGUAUGGCUGUUAAUAUUUUUACUGAAAAUGCUGAAAGUCUUCCCCAUGUUGCUGCUGCUGGAGAUAUAAUUCAGCUUUGUAAUGUUACGUUAAGGACGCAUAUUAAGGAAGUAAAUGCUGUUUUCUACAAAAACUCUUCCUCUUUUGCCUUAUAUAGAGGGAAUGGUGAUGAUGAUGAUGAUUUUGUCCCUUACCAAGUUUAUUCAAAAGUUUUCCUCAGAGACGAGGACAAAAUGCGCAUAAACAUGCUUCGAAAAUGGUUGGUCAAUUUUCAGAUUCCUGCAGAGUCAAGUGAUUUUCCUAUGCUAAGAGAAAUCAAAGAAGGUCACUUUAAUUUGGCCGGCAAGAUACUUCAUUGCUGGGAGGCUUUGAAAGAUAAUUGGUUUGUCUAUGUUUGGGACGGUACAGAUACCCCGCCAAAUGCCAUAACUUCAAUGCUGGAAGAUGAAAUUAAUCAUCCACUUCCAUUACAAUUGGAAUCUCUGCCUUUGCCAAGAGAUGUACUAUGUACUCUGCCUACUGUUGGCUCCAUCUUGAGGAUUGCUUUUGAACUACCCAUAGAGAAAAAUCAUCUCAAUGUUCUUAAAAGUGGUAAAUGGGCCCAGUUUAUCAACAUACGUCUCAAAGUGUAUGCAGGGCUGUGGUAUGGUGUGUUUACCUCACAUUCAAAGCUUCGACAUACACCAAAUGAAGACCGUCUCAUAGCAGAACGUCAAAGGUUGUAUGAUGACCGCAUAUCGUUGAAAUCAAGAAACAUGCCUAUUGGUAGCAUGCCUCAGUCCAUUGACAGCUUACCCGAGUCUUUAUGUAUUACAAAGGUUAAUCACGAUCAUGUGCGGCAUCUUACUUUAAUGGAUGUACUCACUCAUUCAGAGGUGACAGCUAAGUUUAAGUGUGUUGUUCGAGUGGUAGCAGCAGUACCGUACCAAGGUGAAAAGUUCUGUACGCCUGCUGGGAAGUAUAUGAUGAGACUGACCCUAGAGGAUCCAACAGCUAGAAUCCAUGCUUUUGUAGUUGAUGAAGAUGGGGAGACUCUUUUUGAUGGUUAUCCCGGCACUGCAAAUGUGAAACGGAAGUUGAACAGAUUACUUGGAGUAACUGAAUGUGAUGACAGUAUUGUGGUAAAUGAUAGGCCAAGAAAUCCAGCAUGGGUGAGUGUUUGUAUUAAAUCAUACUAUGUCUCAAAAAGUGAUGUAUGGGGAAGUAGAAACUUUAGAAUAUUUGACACCAAAAUAGUGGAUGGCCCUUGAUAUGGUGAUGUAGAAAACCUUUUUUUUGUCUGUCAGUCUCUCCCUUUUGCAAGACACAACUUAUUGGGAUGAACAUUAUGUAGCAAAAUUAGAAGUGAUGCAUCUAUGUCAUGGAGAGAUAGGAUAUGUAUAUAAUGUACUCAACUUCUCUUAUGCUAUUUGUCAAGGCUGUAUAUUUUGAAUGUAAAUAAAUCAUGUGUAAAUCACUAUGUUCAGUAUUUCUUGGAUCAUUGUAGUUGACAAAAGGUAUACUUUAUUUUAUAUAUGAUAUGUAUUUUAGUUUGUUUUUCUUA